UCAACCACCACCUUAGAAAAAUAUCAGCCUGUAUGCGUUGCUUGAUUUUCUUCCUUCGCAUAUCUUGUGAUCUUCGUUGUUAGCAAUCUGUUCGAAACCCUAAUUUCUCUCUCUCUCUCUCUUUGUAACCAUGGUCUCUUCUGCAAUUUGUCACUUACCAUCGACUUCAUUCUCACUCAACUUGAAGAUCGGAAGAGCUUAUUCGCCUUCCCAACGUAUUCGCUUGCCGAAGUUUCUCCCAAUUAAGGCUUCUUCUGUAGAUUUUGCCAAUUCUUCAGCAGUCGAUGGAUCGUCAAUUUCUGUCAAGACUGAUAAGUGGCAAUGGAAAUUUGAGGACACCGCUGUCAAGGUUUAUUACGAGGAACAUGAGAAAGAGAGUCUGAAACCUAAGAAGGACAUCCUUCUGAUACCAACAAUUUCUGAUGUUAGCACUGUGGAAGAAUGGAGAUCAGUGGCUACAAAUAUUGUGAAUAGAGUAAAUAAUAUUAAUUGGCGUGCUACAAUUGUUGACUGGCCUGGAUUAGGUUAUUCCGAUAGACCAAAACUGGACUACAAUGCAGAUGUCAUGGAGAAAUUUCUAGUUGACUUCAUUAUGGGACCAAAUAGUCCUAUAAAAGGUUCAGAUAAUGACAUAGUGGUUGUUGGAGGAGGACAUGCUGCCACCGUAGCAAUUCGUGCUGCAAGAAAAGGUCUCGUAAAGCCAUCUGCUAUUGCAGCUGUUGCACCUACCUGGUCUGGCCCCCUUCCUAUUGUCUUUGGUCGAGAUUCAAGUAUGGAAUCAAGGUAUGGGCUCCUCAGGGGAACCUUAAGAACCCCAGCUGUAGGUUGGAUGAUGUACAAUAUGCUUGUGAGCAAUGAGAAAUCUAUUCAAUCUCAGUACACAUCACAUGUUUAUGCUGAUCCUGCAAACGUGACAUCUGAAUUUGUACAGAGCAGAUAUGCUCUUACGAAACAAAAAGGUGCCCGUUAUGUCCCUGCAGCAUUUUUGACAGGUCUAUUGGAUCCUGUACAGUCCCGAGAAGAGUUUGUCGAAUUAUUUGAAGGAUUGGAAGGAAAGAUACCUGUCUUAGUUUUGUCAACUUCUGGCUCACCUAAACGAUCCAAAGCAGAGAUGGAAGCUUUAAGGGAUGCUAGAGGAGUAAGCAAAUUUAUCGAGGUUCGAGGUGCUCUUCUGCCUCAGGAAGAAUACCCUGAUACAGUUGCAGAUGAGAUCUACAAUUUUUUGCAAGAAAGGUUCAACUGAAUGGAUAAAAUAUAUGGGCAUUGUUUUCAAAGAGAUUCAGGUACUUUUCUUUUUCUUUUCACAAUUACCAUAUGAAAGAGAAUUAAUACUUUUUCCUAUAUAUCAUAUCUGCUAUAUGGCUCAUAUUUCUUAUGUAUACAUGUGAAUGACGAGAACAAGUUGCAUAUUUUUACCUUUCUGGUUCAAAAAUAUGAUUAUGUUUUUGCUUUCUGGAU